CAAAUUAGAAAAUAGGUACCUUCUUAUAACAACUUAUUCUUUGAUCAGAGUAUGGCUCAUCUGGCCAACCAACAAGGACAUCCUUCUUUUUCUUCUUCUACUACUACUAAUUUUUUCACUCGUGAUCCAUGGACAUAUGAUGUGUUUUUGAGUUUUAGAGGUAAGGACACACGCACCAAUUUCACAGAUCAUUUGUACAAGGCCUUGUCCGAUAAGGGGAUCUACACCUUCAUUGAUCGUGAGCUUAUUGGAGGAGAAAAAAUCUCACCAUCACUUCUCAAAGCAAUUGAAGAGUCACAGAUUUCUCUCAUUGUCUUCUCUGAAAACUAUGCAUCCUCACGCUGGUGCUUGGAUGAACUCGUUGAGAUCCUUCGAUGCAAAACAUCAACGAAACAAAUAGUUUGGCCCAUUUUUUACAAAGUGGAUCCGUCGCAUGUACGAAACCAAACAAAUAGUUUUGGUGAUGCAUUUGCUGACAUUAACUGCAGAUUUAAGGAUAGUACGGAGAAGGUGCAAAGAUGGAGAAGCGCUCUUAGACAAGCAGCAAGUUUGAAAGGAUAUACUUGCAAGGCGGGAGAGUCUGAAGCUACAUUUAUCAACCACAUCGUUGAAGAGAUCUUAAUCGUAGUAUUGAACCGCACAUUUUGGAAUGUGGCCAAGUACCCAGUUGGAAUUCAGUCUCAUGUACAAGAUGUGGAAAUGCUUUUGGAUGUUGGUGGGAAUGAUCGUUUCAUGGUUGGGAUAUGGGGGGCAUCUGGAAUAGGCAAGACAACAAUUGCAAAAGCUAUAUGGAAUGAAAUUGCCCAUAAGUUUGAAGGAAGUUGUUUCUUGCCAAAUGUUAGAGAAAAUUCAAUGCCACAAUAUGGAGGCUUAAUCCAACUACAGGAGACUCUCCUUCAAGAGAUUCUUGGUGGUAAAAAGUUGAAAAUUGCCAGUACUGAUAAAGGUAUCUCUAUUAUACAUAAACUAUUGAGGCCUAAAAAGAUUCUCUUAAUUCUUGAUGAUGUGAAUCAGUUGGAGCAAUUAGACAACUUGGCUGGAGUUGGUUGGUUUGGUGAGGGUAGUAGAGUCAUCAUAACUACACAAGAUAGCGGAUUGCUAAAAUGUCAUGGAAUUGAGUUGAUAUACGAGGUCCAAAAGUUAUUUGACUACCAAGCUCUUGAACUUUUCAGUUUGAAUGCCUUCGGAAUAAAAGAACCGCCAAAUGAUUAUUUGGAACUCGCACAACGAGCAAUAGCCUAUGCUCAAGGCCUUCCACUAGCUAUAACACUUUUAGGUUCCCAUCUUCGUAAUAAAGGUAUACAUCGUUGGCAAACUAUAUUAGAUGGUUACGAAGGAGAACCUUAUUUAGGUAUUCAGAAAAUACUUUGA